CUUGCUUUGUACCCUGACACUUUCCUGCAGUAGGCUUUACUAGCAAGCUGGUUAGGUGCCAUACGUGUAUGACAUGUAUAAUUUGCUAUCUAAAUGUACUGCAGAUAUCAUAGGCGAUAUAAUAGUUGCCCUCUGAUUGUUUUCUUUGCACCCUCAGAUGCAGAUGAAUUGGUGAAUUUUUCACCUGCUUACUGGGACAAACCGGAAAAAGAAAAAAAAAAUGUCAAGACCUAGAUCGCCCCCGCCGCCAUAUGAAGACUCUCUGUCGUUUACCUCUUCGGCAACGCCUCCUAGCAGACCAACAGGACCUUUAAGCCACGACCCUGCCCCGCCCCCAGGGUUUUAUGUGCAGACAGGAGCACACCCAUUGCUGUCUUCUGGAGAAAAUGCUCCUCCCCCACAAGGUUCAAGAAAUCCUGCUACUCACCAGACCCCCGAUGUGAUAGGCGGGUAUCAACACGAUGGAUCCUACUGGCGACCCACCCCACCCCUUCAAGGACAGGUCCCCGGCCCGUACGCCCCUCCCCCACCACCAUUUCAGCUCCCACCCUCUAAAAACCGAGAGUAUCCACCAUACCCACCAGCUUCUACUGGUCCACCAUUUUCUCCCCUUCCUCCUCCUCCUCCUCCCCCUCCUCCUCUCCCUCCUCCUCCCUCAUCAUCACCUCAUCCACCUGUUGGACAGACAACCUAUCAGGCUACAUUCCAUGAGGAGCACAAGCCGUCGAUGCAGCGGUUCGUUAUUGAAGAAAGAAGGCGUAGGGUGAAUCACAUUCUCCACUGCUGCAUCUCGAUCUUUUUCUUUCCCUGGAUCAUCGUCUGGAUUGUUCUGUGUAUCCAGGCGUCUGCCUGACGUGGCAACAUUCACGGACACAGCCUAGACAGUCAGGGUAUAAGAACGUAUAGGACACAGCCCAACAGACCAAGCUCUGCGCAAUCUUGUACCGGCUCCAUUUCCCCAGUUUUGACACGCUGUAAAUCUAUUUGAAAGCUCGGAAUUCCAUGGCGCUCAUAUUACCUUAUGCAGUUGCGAGCGCCGUAAAACAUCUACUAAAAAAAAAGCACGGAAUUCCUGUCUCGCAAACUGGAAUGGAAUCAGUACAAAAUAAAAUUGUUGAAAUUCUACCGAACGCGAGCACUAAAGUAAUGAUUUUGGGCUCUAAGGGAAGGGAAGGGAAGAUUUUUUCAACAGCCUUUUAAGCUUCACUUCACUUACUUUUAUGCGCCGCUUAUAGUAUUACUAGUUAUACCCUUUUGGGUGUCACGGGAAGAAAGAGACGGAGAGCUUGGGUCAGGGGGGAUGCCUCCAGUUGUUAGUGUUUCACUAACUCCAUCUAUCCAGGUCUUUCUCGGUCGUCCUCUAGCUUUGUUGCAAUCGAAUUUUUUAAUGCAGGCCUUUUAAGCUGUCACCAAAAAUUAUUACAAAGAGUGGGAAACUGGGGUUUGUACAAGAACAUAUUACUGAUUGAAUUACUGAUCUGGACCCUAAGUUCACUAUGGAUCAUGAAUAAAUUUAGAAUACAUUUGUGAA